CAAACUCCAAGGACUAUGAGCGGGAUGCCUGCUGGUGAAGAAGAACUUGAAUAUAACAAAUAAGGGCACUAUGACUGUAAAGGAGGUGAACCUUUGGGAAAAAAGAAAAAAUUUCCCAAAUGCCUUUGGGAGGACUUUAAGAUAAACAUUAUAGGUGAAAAGGAUGAUUCACCAGUCAAUUUCUGUGACAAAUGUGAUUUGCCUAUUAAAAUCGAUGGGCGAAUGAUUCCAUACAAGCAUGCUUUUUGCUAUGACUGUACUAAUUUAUACAACAAAACAAAACAAAAACAAAAUGGAGAUAAGAUGUGUCCAGGCUGUAGUAUUCCUGUGCUGCAAAUUGAGGAGUAUACAGGAGGUUCUAUCUUCAUGUGUAGCACUGUCCAAGGAUGCAAGAGGACAUAUUUGUCUCAAAGAGACUUACAAGCUCCUAUCAACCACCGCCACAAGAGGGCUGAAAAACUUACCUGUGCUCCACUUGAAGAAGUUCAUCCUUGCAUUGCCUCACCAACAACUGAAAUCCUUGAAGCGCUGCUAGACGAGAACCAUAUGAGCCAUAUUCCACCAGAGCAGCACACCAUGAUGUCACCACCUCCUGUGGAACAUGUACCACACAAGCAUGAUAAUCAGCCACAUGUGGAUCUUUGUGCUCCUCUAGCAUUUUCUCCACCCCCACCUCCUUAGGUUCAUCAGAAAGCCGUUACUAUUUCAACAAGAGAACACAGCAAUUUAAUAAUCAUCCCUAUUCAGGAUGAUUCAAAUUCUGGUGCUAAAGAACCAUCAUCUCCUGCCCCAGCACCUGCUCACCAUCAUCCUGAAUAUCAAAGUCAACCGGUGGUCUCACACCCUUGUCAUAUGCCUCCAGAGCAACAUGCACCACUUCCAUUUCCUCCAUCACCAAUAAGCCAUCCAAUGUCAUAUUCUCUCCAGAAUUCAGGUACUCCUCACCUGGUUUGUAGUCAAGUGCCACCUCCACCCAUGACUUCUGAUCCAUCACCAAUAACUUCUUCCCCUGGAUAUAUUAUUGCCCAUGUGCUACCUUAUAUCACUCUUCCUCCUCCAAGAUCUCCUCUAUCUCAAAAUGGUGGUCUACCUGUAAGUGAAUUCUCUUUUAACCAUUAUAAUACUAACUCUUUACCCCAGUUCACUGAAAAACAAGAAACUCUGAGCCCUCCAUUUACACAACCAGAUGGAACAAAUCCUGGUAUAUGGCACGUAUCAAAAAGAUGUUUACCUCCUCCAUCAAUGCAAGCUCCACCUUCCCCAACCCCACUUCCUGGAUCACAUUCAGAUCAGACAAGAUAUAGACCAUAUUAA